AUGGCGCGUUACCUGACUCCAUCAAAGGUAGGACUACUAGUCCUGGUCGUCUUGUACGCCAGCGAAGAAGUGCCAACAUCGGAAAGCAUUGCAGUCCUCGACUUCAUCAUCACAUACAUCUCUCCUAAAGCUCGUUCGGCGAAGCGCGGAAGUGAUGACAAUCUUCACGAUCAUGCCCGGGCGGUCGAUGUACGAUCGAUUCCUGAAGCGUCUUUGGGCGAUCGACUGCGCACAUUCGCUCGACGGUCUUAUGGAGGCGCUACCAACAUUGCUGCGCAAAUCGAGAGCCAGAUUGUGCACGAGAGGGAGGUGGGCAUAGCAGCAGAGGAGCAAACGGCGCGAAUCAUUCGGACUUCACCAUUAGGAGCCUUCAUCAGGAGAUGCCAUCUCGAGUACACUAGGAUGCAAUUUCAGGAUGCGACGGCCCUGUGGCAACAACUCAUCGUUUACCGUGCUCAAAGUCGGCAGCAGUACGAGCGAAGGAACCCGCCAAGCCAGUCUCACCCGCUCGACAGCAACCUCACUGCAUUUGGCAUCGAUGCCUCCCACGACUUGGUCCGAAUAAUGUACGGUCAAACAUUGAGCAGUACAGGCAAGGCUGAACUGUACAGUCUGUACGAUGUGAAAGCGUUGCUCGAAUUCCAGGUAUCAGAAAUGCAAUCGAGCGGGUCGCGUAUGCCGGAGGAUAUGCGGCAGAAACUGACGGAAAUGUCAGAGGACGGUUCUACGUUGCCGUUGACGCACUACCUCACUUUCCUUGACUCCUGGCGCGCGGGUGACUACACGUCCGCCUUCGACAAUCUGCAUCGCUACUUUGACUACACCAUGCAAAGUCGAGAUCGGUCUUUCUAUCAGUAUGCGUUGUUGAACCUGGCGAUCUUGCAAGCCGACUUCGGCUGCGCGUCAGAAGCAAUACCUGCUAUGCAGGAAGCCAUCGCGACUGCUCGAGAGAACAAGGAUACGACUUGCUUAAACUUUUGCAUGAGCUGGCUGUAUCAUUUCGGUCGCACUUUCCCGUCCGACAUGAAAGUCAUUCAGGACAGCGGAAUCCUCGGCAAUGAAACCGAGGGCCUGGCUUUCCUCAAAUCCAGGGCGAAGGAUGCCGAAAUGUGGAGCUUGCUCAGCACUUCUCUACUGUCUGAAGCCAAGCUGGGCCUGCAGCAUGGUUCGACGCUACUCAUUCGUGCAUCUGCGUUCUCCCGCCUCGGUCUCGGCAGUCUCGCCUGGUCGAACAGCGAAACGUUCCUCAGCUGCUGUGCUCCACACGCACCAGUCGAAGACGUGCUGAAAUGCAUCUGCCGUGUCGCUGGCUUUCUCGCGCAGCGAGGCCGGUAUAGCGCUGUUACAGAAACAUUACAGAGUGUGCCGAAAGCAACGCUCCGCAUACUCAAGUAUCAGAACUAUCUGCAAUUCUACUCAAGUCUACUCAAGCUGCGCCUUCUCAUCCGACACAACGACCUCGACACUGCUCGUCGCAUUGCGACGCAGCUGCAAGGUCAAGACCCACCUGAUAUCGAGAACUCCUUCUUCCUCGCCUUCAGCCAAAUCGAGCUUUCGAUGGCGGAAGGCAACCUCAGCAAAGCGCUUGAAAUCGUUGAGGAGACCGCUCAGCGUGCAGUUUCAAACAACAACGACAUCAUCGUCUACACCCGGCUGCUCAACCUCAAGGCUCGCAUCCUUGCGGCGUCGAACAACGCGCUAUCUUUAUUCUCCAUCGUCGUCCGUGCAGCACAGCUUGCUUACCGCUCGCUCUGUCUUCCAGCGCUGUGGGAAGCUAUUGGCCUGCUAGCGAAUCUUCUCAAUGUGCUUGGCGAGCACAAUGCGGCCCUCGAGUUGCUCAAUGCUAUUGUACCGAGAGUGCUCGAGUGUCACGAUUGCGAGCUGGCAGCCAUCACGUAUAGAUAUCUGGUGGACGCAGAAAUUGGACUGGCAGGAUUGGAGAAGAGCAACAAAACAAGGCGGAAGGAGUGGGUUAAUCGCGCAGUUGAUCACCUUGACUCGGCGGGCAAGAUGUAUGGCUUCGCUGAGGACAUGAAGGGGCAGCUGGAGGUUCUGUAUCGCAAGUCCAUGAUUAUGAAGUGGCAGGGCGACCUGGUGUUGGCAAACGACGUGGCGAGCAAGUAUCUCGAAGUCAAGAAGAAGUUUGGCGAAAUGCGUGUAUGA